AUGAAAAAUAAAGAUGAUGAGAAAAACAAAGAUUCUAACAAAACAUUGAAUAAUGGUGUUGAGAAAUACAACGACCAAACGGAGAUUGAAAGAAAAUUUCAAUGUGACGUUUGCAAUAAGUUUUUCUCAUGUAAGAAAAACUUAUGGCGCCAUCACAAAAUUCACACUGGAGUGAAACCAUAUAAAUGUAAUGUCUGUGGUAAAUCGUUUACUAAAUCUUCUGAUUUAAAGAGACACAUGAGGUUACAUACCGGUGAAAAGCCGUACAGUUGUGGUGCGUGUGGAAAGUCUUUCAGUGAUCCUACUCCUUUCCGUCGCCACAAGAAGACCCAUAAACAACUACAAGAG